AUGUGGGACAUUUUAGGUGCUAUCGCUUUUAUCUUUGGUGGAUGCUGCUCGAAUGUCUUAACCUUGGAAGGUAUUAUCGGCCCGGCUACAAGCAGCGUAGGAAGUAUUCUGACCUUCUGCCAAUUUGCAUUUGCAACACUUGAAGGCAUAUGGAACUUCUUAGACUUUAGCUCACCAAUUCCACGCCUGAUGCCUAGAAAGAUACCUUUGAAGGUUUAUUUAAUAAGUGUUCUUCUAUAUUACACAGGCUCCGUGACAAACAAUAGUGUCUUCCAAUAUGGUAUCAAUGUCCCAUUGCACAUCGUGUUCAGAUGCUCUGGGACUGUGGUCACCAUGCUGAUUUGUUGGCUCUUCAAUGGCAAGCAAUAUACACGCCUUCAGGUCUUGUCAGCCGCCUUGCUGACUAUAGGCGCCAUCAUAACUUCCCUAUUCAGAGAACAAGAAUUCUCCCUCGAUAUUUGGCGUAGUUCUACAGGCAAGAAUCUUUCUACCGAAUUGAACGCCAGAUUUUCUACGGGGUUGCUUUUGCUUGUUGUCUCUUCUUUGACCUCAUCGACAUUAUCGGUGUACAAUGAAUGGACAUACCAAAAGUAUGGCAAGCACUGGAAAGAGAGCUUAUUUUACACGCAUGCCCUUGCUUUACCUGUGUUCCUUUUAAAUUACAAGCAACUGAAAGAGGAGUUUUUUGCAUUAAGCAAUUCACGGAAGAAUGCUGAACUUGUCUUGUUCGAUUAUAGUAUUAAUAUGAACAAAGGGCAAUUACUUAUGGCCAACAUUUUAACGCAGCAAGCCUGCAUAAAAGGGGUGAAUUUGCUUGCCUGUCACACUAACGCCUUGACUCUCUCGGUAGUUUUACUUGCCAGGAAGUUCGUCAGUCUUUUGCUGAGCUUUUACUUGUUUGGUGGUGACUUGUCAACGACGUGCUAUGUUGGCAUUACUACAGUUUUUGCGGGGGCGUUGUUGUACACUUUGGCUCCAAAUAAAUCGACGAAGUUGAAUAAAUCAAAAGAUUCUUGA